AUGUUCAGCCGAGUCGAAAGCUUACAGGUACUUUCUUUUUGUAUAUUUCCGCGUUUUAUUUCUAAAUAUUUGUGCAACGUAACAUCAUACAUUUUUUUUCAAUCAACGAAAAAAAAAUGACUGCCCAAAGGCUCAAAUAAAAUUUUUUUAACGUAUAUGGAAAGUAUGAAGGAGGCGUGAAAUUAACUUUGAUUUCUGCUUAUUUUAGUUAAUUAAAGUUUUUCCUCAUAUUUAGAACACUUUUUAAGUUUGAUCGAGUCAUGACGUUUGAAUAAACGCCAAAAACUUCCUUUCUCAUACAAAAACGCCCCUGACAAGAAAGGAAAAAUUAUUUCGUGAUUUUGUAUCAAGAUAAACUGGCUGCAAAUUUUUAUUUCAAAUCAGUAUACAAUCACAGAAAACCUUUUUUUUUAUUUAGAAGUGGUUUUUACUGAACUCAACUUGAAAUUUCUUUCUAAUGCAAUACAUUUCAGAGCAACGGAAGAGCAUUUUGUGCGGAGAAUCCUUGGAUUUGUGAUCCUUACUGCCAUGAGCAACUCGAACCAUCUUCUAAUUGUGAGUUUGUUUCACCUAUCUCUAACUUAGAACUGAUGGGGCUUGAGGAAUUUUUUUCGUAAUCUUUAAGAACGUCUUUUUUUUUUUCAAAUGAAAGGCUUUUUUGUUGAAUGAAAGACUAUUUUUUUCAAUCUGUUGUCUUCAAACUCAAAUUUCUCUUUGUCGUCCAGGUAAAUACGUAGACAAAUCUGUCGCGACGUGCUUCGGCGAACCAGUUAGCCACAAGUUUGUCUACGAUCCGGCCAAAAACUUCCAUGUUGAAAUGAGUGAUUUUGGCUUAUUGUACAAGUUUCCCAGGUAUUUUUCGAAAUGUUUCCUCAAUCAAACAUCAAAGUAUUACAGGUGCUGGAAAGCUAUUGCUCCUUUGAUAUGCAAAAAAAUGUUCCGCCCGUGCCGAGUCACAACAUUUGGAGCUAUCGACGACAACGGCACUGAAUACGUAUUUUUUGCUUUCAUUUUUGAUUCUAUGGUGUUUUUCAGACCGAAACUUCGGAGUACCGAAUGCUUCUCAGCAGAUCUGAAUGUCUCAAAGCCAGGAGCGAAUGUCAAGAUGCGGUGGAUUUUCAACUUUGGCCCGUCUUCCUCGAAUGUUCCGGCUCGGAUUUUGCCUCAAAAUGCAAAGUAUGUUGUUUCUAAUGUUACGAUUGAGUCUUGGCUUUGGAUGGAUAUUUUUUUUAAAGAGACGGUUUCAAAGUUUUCAACUUCCUGUUUUCUCUCACUUUUGUUUCUAUUUUAGAGGCUCGCAUCAGAUUUUCUCAUCUGAGCGCAUUUUUUGUAUCUAAUUUUUAAAAUUUUGAUUUGAAGAAAUUUCUGCUUUUUCUUUUAUAUUUUUUGACACUACUUAUUUUUAAAAUUUUCCAACCGAAAUCCCAUUGUAUACAAAAAUAACACUUGUCAAUCUAAUCAUUUUGACUAUCUUUUCCGAGAAAAUGAGAUAAAACUAAAUUCCAACUUUUCAGCGUCGAACUAUAGAUGUUGAUGUUCCGGAAACAACUACAAAGAAUUGUUUUACUGGUUUGGUGGAGUCCCAGCUUAACGGAACUUUGAAUAUCUUUGACCAGUGUGCUAUUCCUUGUCGGUUGGUCUAUCAGAUUUUUUCUCAAAAAAAAUUCUUUUCAGGAAGUUCAACUUGUUCGAUCUUCGUUUUCGAAACAUCGUCAUUUUGAUUUACGCACUCUUUCAUUUGUUCAUGCUGGGUGUUUCGAUUUUUUUGAUGGUGAUUUUUGUUUAUUUGUUCUCUCUUAAAUAAUGCUUUUUAGUCAAAGAUACUGGGUCGCGAAGAAGUCGAUCAGCCUCAAAAAGCCAUUUUCUGCUGUUUUGCCGCUAUGGCUUAUUCGAUGAUUUGCGCUCUUGGGGCCAUGUCGAGCAGUUACGAUUGUUUCAAAGGAAUACGGCUUAACGCUGAAACAGGAGCCAGGUUUCAUUUUUUGAUUUUUCUUUUUUGAAAAGUUAACUCGACUCGUUCAUCACACCGGGAACUUUCUCAAAGAAAGUACUGGCGUAAAAUGAUUUUUCUUAACUUGAAAACCUCAACUUUCGGGAAACUUGAAGUUGAAAAAAUUGUUAAAAAAUCGUGGAGAUUUUCGACCUUUUCUCAAAAAAAAAGAACAGUUUUACUCUAAAGUGCUUGUGUUUUUUCCAUAAAUUCUUCCUAAUCCCUCCAACCCUCAGUGUAAAAUUUUUGCAUUUCUUUGUUUCCACCUGGAAAAUUCCGAGCUUUCAAUUUUUUUUUAUAUAAAUUUUUUUAGCAAAAGGUACUGAGUUUUCAUUGAAACGCAAGCAUGAAUGAUCCGUUUCAGCUCAAGAUGGGAGACCAACGCCGUUCUGAACGCUGUCUUUAUCGCGUUCCACUCUCAAACUCUCAACUACUCAAUCAAAGUUUUGUACAAACAUCAUAACUACAAUAUUCGAAAUAUGUAAGAAAAUUCUGGCACUAUAACUUCUAAAAUUUAAUUUUGUUUCAGACACCUAAGUUCCGUUUCUGAUUUCGUUUUCGGCUUGGCAUCUUUGGUUUCGGUGUGGCUACCGUUAUUCACGCACAAUUUCAAAGUAUGUUUUUUAAUACGUGAUUUUAUUGCAUUAUUUUAACAUGAAAUUAAAAACCCGGAUUUUUAGCCGGAAGUUCACACUUUUUUCGGGAACUUUGUUAUGGUGACUCCAAGCAUAACUCGUCUUCUUCUUGGAUAUUUCGUUCUCGCCUGGGCUUGUGCCGUGUCAGGAACCAGUUAUUUAGCUCUUCUUCCAAAAAGUCAGUUUCUUACUUUUAUAUUAGGAAGAAAAGAAUUUUUUCAGCUGGCUUUAGAAAAGAAUCAAAACUCAUUCUGCCUGGCAGACGUUACAUCAGUGAGUUCAAACUUUUGAUUGAAUCUUCUAAUUUUAUCUUCAGGAGUGGCUUUGAUCUUGUCAUUUCUUGUUUUGGCGAUUCAAUUGAUGUCGUUUUUGCUGUUGAGUCCACUUCAGUUGGAAACUGAGUUGCACAAAAAGGCUGUCAGGUUUCAUUGAAUAUCGUUCUUUCAAGAAAAUAAAAGUUGACAAUAUUUUUUUCUUUCAAAAAAAAUAAAACUCGACGCUAAAGAGAAAAAAAAGACCUUUAUCGUUAGUUCUGUUGAAAAAUUAUCCUUUUCUCAGUCAUAAUUGAAUUUAAUAUUUCAAUCCCAAGUUUUCACAAACUUUUUUCAGGACCGCACUCGACGGAGGGGAUUUCGAGAAAAAUGAGCAAGAAAAGUACGCUGACUUGUCAUCUCUGGGCAUCUUGGUUAUCGACGCUCUUAUCUACGUUCCUUUUGCAUUUCUGAUUCCACAUAUUCUUGCUGAAGCUGCCAAAAAGCCUGAAAGCAAAAAUAUGGCUACUCUGGGUACUUUACAGCAAGAAAUGGUGAGUUUUUAUUUUCCAAAAAAAUGGAAUCAUUUUUUUUGGGUUCGAUUUCAGGUAUAAAAUUUGUUCAUGAUUUGCAAAAGAAAAGCAUUUUAAAUAUAAUCUGUACAUUAUUUGGUUGAAAUGCCUUGAAAUUAAAAAAAAGUGCUUAAAAUUACGUAUCACAAGACGAAUUUCCGACAAUUUCAUAGAACAUAUCUGAGGCGCAUUUGAAGGUACCUUGAACCCUAGUUCGAAGAGAAAGUUACAGCUAUCUCUUAACAGAAUUUUGCAGCUGGACUAUUUCAACCUCCCCUUUCCCAUUUCAACUAAAUUUCAACAACAUUCAAAAUUACUGUACUGAUUCCACUUGUUGAUAGGUGGAUAAUACUUAUGCCAGACAUGCGUGAAUAAUUUAUUUCCUAGAUAAGCAUUUAAAUCCAACUAGAAUUUUUUCAGGAGUUGCUGAACAACGAUUUCAAGAAGAAAGAACAUGCACCGCUGAAGUCCGAUUCCAAACUUUUCGGUUUCCAAAACGACGAUGUAGAUCAUGAAGAGGAUCCACUAAUGGAAUUCUUAGUGACAGUCUUCGAGGGGGACUUAAAAUUGACAAACCCAGAAUACUUUCAAAGUUUUUAGGAUGUUUCAUCAUGUUUAUCGUUUCUAUGGUUUUUGCCUUCUGCCAGUUUUUUUUCGCACUGCACUUUCUUCUUAUUUUAUUUGUUUUACCAUUCAAUGGAAACUUUUGACCCAUCUAACAUUUCAUGUAUUAGGUACUCUUUCCUUCAGCUUUACAUUCCUUCCUUGUUGAUCUUUGUAUGCGGGUUUUCAGAAACUUGUUUCCUGUGAUUCUCGUUUGAGUUGUUAUUGCAUUCAUUAUUUUUUGCAAAUUUUUUUUCAAAUAAACUCGAUUCAAAAACACUUUGAUCAAAGAAACAUGUUAAAAGACUUGAAAAGUCUGGAGUAACACAAAUGUUCCAGUUUAUUUGCAUCUGGUUUGAGGCUGCCUUUGAUAAAUCGUGUUCAACCACAGAAGUUUUGUUUGGGUCUCUGAAAAUAUCUUCAAAACUUGGGAUAUUUGGAAUCUCGACUUCCAAUUUUUUUUUUCUUCUUUGGAUGAAAAAAAAAGACUUACAUCGAUUAUCCUAACCAGCAUUUGACGUUUUGGAAUAACGGGAUAAACUCCAAAUGCUUUAUAUUCUGGUGUUUUCAGAUUGAUGCGAAAAGCGCUUCCGACAACAAGCGGCGGCUUCCAUGUCCGUCGAUGUUGUUCAACUGGGAAAAAAUGGUGAAAAAAAUUUCAGCCUGA